GCUGAUUGGACAUAGCUUCAUCCCACUCUUCGGUCAGUGACGCCCACCCCAUCACGGACGGUCAGUGGAAGCAAUUUGCUAAAAACAAACACCGUCUAACGUCUAUUACACAACAUUUGACAUGGCUAUUACAGCGGAUCACAUCAAAGAUAAACUUAUAAAGGAGCUCGCGGCAGUGCACGUGGAUGUGGAGGAUACAUCACCCAACAGAUGUGCUGCCAGCUACAAAGUCCUAGUGGUGUCAUCCCAGUUUGAGGGCAAACCACUUUUACAGAGACACAGGAUGGUGAAUACGUGCCUAGCCGAGGAGCUGAAAGAGAUCCACGCGUUUGAACAGAAGACCCUCACACCAGAACAGUGGGAGAAACAGAAAUCACAAUGACACACACACCUUAUAUCACACUCACAUCAGUUUUAAAUGUCUACUAUAAAACAGGCUCUGAUAUGUAGAAAGGAUACAAGUGCUCUCUGUACAUCAGCAGUAUUGAUAUAAAGCAACGGAAUGUUCUGGCGGCAAUAAAACACUUUAAUGAU